CAAGUCUCGACCAACCAACAGUCGAGGGUCGCAUUAGCACUGACAAACCUGCCAAACUCACUCCGCCAAUAAUACCAGUUCCGUAAACUUGUCUUGGUUGCAAAAGCAAAUUUAAAAAAGAGAAUCAUUGCUAUUUGUUUCUUGGAAAUGAAGCUGGCCGUUGCUUUAUUAUUCGUCUUUUGUUACGCGGAAUGUCGUAAAAUAGUUCCGAUUGACAAGAAUGCGAACCUCGCGUUCAUCAAUAUGGAGGGCGGUGGUGGGGCGCGGCCACCAACCAACACCAGACCAGCAGCAAUUGAACCUAUGAAGCCUGCUGGACCUGGACCUGUACCUGUGCCUUCUAAACCUGGCGCCGCGCCCGCACCCGCCCCUAUAAAACCCGCAUCGCCCCCCGCAUCACCUACAGUAGCCAAACCCCCUACUCCCACACCUAAGCCCGCAGCCCCCGCCCCCGCCCCUGCCAAACCAGCUCAACCAACUCCGCCAACCCAGAUCAAGCCGAAGCCAGUCAACCCCGCGCCUGUAGCCAACCCCAUCACGACCCCAGGGCCGGGCAGCGUCAAACAGCUGAUCAACUUCUACGACAGCCAGGGAAAGGCCAGUCCCAUCAGACCAUACAGUUACAGUCAGGCUGUUAAACAGGGUUAAAUAAUAUGUUGUAUGUAAAUAAAAUAAUAAAUGUGUUUUUUUAUCGGCUGUGUUCUA